GUCUGAACACGCCAUAAUCACCUGGUACCGACACCUCGAUGGGAAUUUCCAAGCAGUAUAAAUACCCCCCUAAUCCGCCAACGACGUUUUGAGUUCCAGCUUGUUCCUCACAGACAUCAAAACCAACAAAUUACCAGUACAAAAAAACCCAAACCUCAAUUUUUGACUUCCCACCCACCAUAUCCCAAGAAAUUCACAAAACGCUAAACACCAUGUCUGCCGACAGGUACAAACAAUACGCUCGCUCACUCUCGUCAGGCAAAAAUAGCAGCGAUAAGCAACGGACUCAAGACAAGCAACAGCCUAAAGUCAAGCAACAGACUCAAGACAAGCAACAGCCUAAAGUCAAGCAACAGACUCAAGACAAGCAACAGACUCCGGCCCGCAAGAGCAUCAGAGGCUGGAAAGACGACGACGACGACGCCAGCACCUACAAGAACGACGCUCGAAGCUCACUGCGGCGCGAGAACGAAAGACGCGCUGAGCGGCAGCAGCAAGAGAAACGGCAGCAGCAAGAAGAGGCGGCGCGCGACGAGCGGGCGCGGCGGGCGGAGAGAGAACGCCGUGAGGAGAUGGAUCGUCUGGCUAGGGAACGCGAGGAGGAGGACUGCCGUCGGCGGAGUCCUAAGAAUGGUCCGAGUCUCGACCUAUUCCACACCAGUUUCACCAUCACCAUCACCAUCACCAUCACCAUCAACACCACACCACAACAACCACAAGAUCAAGCUUAG